GACGGCCGGUGCGCGCUGGUGGCGCCGGGCCGGGCCGCUGGGUGGGCGCCGCCGCCGGGCCGCCGCCAUGGGCCUGGGCGCCAGCUCCGAGCAGCCCGCGGGCGGUGCCGAGGGCUUCCACCUGCACGGGGUACAGGAGAACUCCCCAGCCCAGCAGGCAGGCCUGGAGCCCUACUUUGACUUCAUCAUCACCAUCGGGCACUCGAGGCUGAACAAGGAGAACGACACGCUCAAGGCCCUGCUGAAGGCCAAUGUGGAGAAGCCCGUGAAGCUGGAGGUGUUCAAUAUGAAGACCAUGAAGGUGCGCGAGGUGGAGGUGGUGCCCAGCAACAUGUGGGGCGGCCAGGGCCUGCUGGGAGCCAGCGUGCGCUUCUGCAGCUUCCGCAGGGCCAGCGAGCACGUGUGGCAUGUGCUGGAAGUGGAACCCUCUUCACCCGCCUCCCUUGCCGGCCUGCGCCCCUACACAGACUAUGUGGUUGGCUCAGACCAGAUCCUCCAGGAGUCCGAGGACUUCUUUACACUCAUCGAGUCCCACGAGGGGAAGCCCUUGAAGCUGAUGGUUUACAACUGCGAGUCGGACUCCUGCCGGGAGGUGACUGUAACUCCCAACGCAGCCUGGGGUGGAGAGGGCAGUCUGGGGUGUGGCAUCGGCUACGGGUAUCUGCACCGGAUCCCAACCCAGCCCUCCAGCCACCACAAGAAGCCGCCUGGUGCCCCGCCGCCUGGUGCCCCGCCACCUGGACCCACCCCCCAGGACUCUCCUGCCCCUCCUCGUCCAGAGACCGGCUCCAGGCAGGGUGACUACAUGGAGGCCCUGCUGCAGGCACCCGGCUCCUCCUUGGAGAAACAGCUUUCUGAGCCUGGGAGUCCCAGCCGUGGUGCUCCAGACCUUGGGGGACUCGCACGUCCCAUGGAGACUCCUCUUCAGCCUCCACCUCCAGUGCAGCGAGUCAUGGACCCAGGCUUCCUGGACGUGUCGGGUAUCUCCCUGUUGGACAGCAGCAAUGCCAGCGUGUGGCCCAGCCUGCCGUCUCCCACGGAGCCGACCCCCACAGCCGUGACAGCCGCAGGGCCCGAGGACGUCUGCUCCAGCAGCGGUUGUCACGAGCGGGGCGGUGAGGCCACGUGGUCGGGGUCAGAGUUUGAGGUCUCCUUCCCGGACAGCCCAGGCCCCCAGGCCCAGCCAGACCACCUGCCUCAGCUAACCCUUCCCGACAGCCUCACCUUUACGGCCUCACCGGAAGACGGGCUGUCUGCUGAGCUGCUUGAAGCACAGGCCGAGGAGGAGCCGGCGAGCACAGAGAGCCCGGACUCGGAGGCGGAGGCUGAGGGGGCGGCUGGCCAGGCCCGGCUCUCUACCCCAGAAAUAACGCCCUAGGCUGGGACGAGGCCCGGUGGCAUUUCACGAGGCCUCGGUGUGGGGCAGCAGCUCGGGCCGUGCCGCGCGGCCCAGCCUCCGGCCCGGUGUGUCCGGCUUCCUAGGCUGCAGCCCCCAGUGACGUGCAGGGACUUCGGCAGGCCAGGGCUCUUGUGUCCGCUCAGACCCUACUGGUCUCGAAGAGAUGACACGUCGGCCUUAAUUCUGCCCGACGGUCCUGGCUUUGAGGAAUCGGGCACUUGAGAGUCUCAAACGAGUCCAUUUGGGGCGGUAGGAGGCUGGGAGUAGCACCCAGGUUAAGUUCUGCAGGAGCUGGGGUGGGAGAGGAAAGGACUCUGCUGCUUGGGUGGGACAAAGCGAGUGGGUAGUAAGGGGAGGCCGUGGGCCUUGGCAUCUUUAGGCCACGUACCCUUAAGUCCGGCGCUUCUCCUGCUCCGGUCGCUAUGGCUGUCCGGGAGGCCACAGCAUCCAGGCGGGGUCAGGGGUGCAGAUGGGAGUGAAGGAGGAAGGGACGGGUGUGGAGUGUUUGCCUGACACUUCGUGGGGCUGGCCUUGACUCGGCCUGCACAGCUCAGCUGGCCCUGCGUGUACUAGAAGGCAGCCCCGUGCCUUGGGGACCCCUGGAGCCGCAAUCACGGUCUCUUGUGUCACGUGCCCCCUUCUCCAUGCAUGCUACACUGCACAGGCGGUUCAGGCUGACAUACGCCAGUCUCAGCUGGAGGAGAGAAGCCGUGAACGUGUCCACCUCUCCUGGGAGAGGAGGGGUGGAGACUCUGGGCCCUGCAGCAGAGACUCCCUUGAUCUUGGAUCAUGACGUUUCUUCUUCCCCAGGGCCGCCGCCCCUCAGACCCGGUGGUGCCUCCUGUCAGCUCCCAAACUUCUACAACCAUCUCUUUUAAAUACACAAGGCUUUGUCAGCCCCAGCGGUGAAUAAAAAUGACAAAUUUAAGUUCA